AUGCAUGGCGUAUCCAUGUCUAUCGGCAGUACGGAUCCGCUGAAUAUGGAAUACCUCCGUUUGUUAAAAGAACUGGAAACACUGAUAGAACCGGCCUGGGUAUCCGAUCAUCUUUGCUGGACGGGCGUUGCACAGGUCAAUACGCAUGACCUGCUGCCCAUGCCGCUCACCGAAGAAAGCCUGCAGCAUGUAUGCGAGCGGGUACUACGGGUACAGGAUUACCUGAAACGUCCGCUGAUACUGGAGAAUCCAUCCACUUAUCUUGAAUUCCAGGCAUCUACCAUGCCGGAGUGGGAGUUCCUGUCGGCACUGGCACAGCGGUCUGGCUGCGGCCAGAUCAUUUUCAGCUAUAAUGUGCUUCUCCAAAAGGAAGAAACAGGGUAA